UGCAGUUACUUGUUAGUCUAUGGUCAAAUUUUAUAGAGUAAUUUUUCUGUUUUCGUGGUUUUUCCACAACAAAUUAUUUAAAUUGCAGGAAGGUUUUCAUGAAGUUUCAAUAAGAUUUGAAUUGAUUAAAUGUUUAAACAUUGAACAUAACUAAAAGAAUGGUUAACCCAAGUCCAUUUGUUUAUUGGGCUCAGACAGACAAAAAUGUAUCGCUUAAAAUUGAUUUAAAAAAUGUUACGAAGCCCGAUAUAAAUGUGGUGGAUAACAAUAUAAAGUUUGCAGCACGCGGCAUCGGUUCUCAUGGGGAGAGUAAAUAUGAAUUUAGUUUAGACCUGUUUUCUUCUUUGAAGUCGAACAACGAUGAAGAUACGAAAAUUGUGCGCAUAUUUGAAAAUAGAGUUGAAGUGGUGUUACAGAAAGAAAAAGUAGCUUGGUGGCCCCGUCUCACAGCUCAGCCUCAGAAAGCACCUUGGUUAAAGGCCCGGCCUGUACGUAAAAGUGAGCAAAGCAAUCGCCUUGGGGGUUCAAAUUUGGAGGAAGGGGACAGCAAAGCACAGAUAAACUUUGACCUGUGGAAAUCUGAAGACGGGCAGGACAGUGAGGAGGAGACGCGUGACGUCAUGCAGGACUACCCGGGCAUGUAUGACAUGCUGCACAAACAGGAGAUGGGCUAUAGGAGAGAAGACUACAAGAAGGUGUAUCUAGUGAUAUACAACCUGUUCCAAUUCAUCGGCUUCACGUACGUGCUGAGCGUGAUGGCUAUUCGGUACGCCAAGCUGGAGUACGACUCUGUAGCGGACACGUAUGAGCACGUCGGUCCGGCUAUGAAGUUCCUACAACUGAUGAUGUAUUUGGAAGUUAUGCAUCCCAUCUUUGGAUAUACUAAGGGUGGUGCGUUGGUUCCGUUCUUACAAGUGAGCGGGCGCGCGUUUGUUCUGUUCGCGAUGAUAGAAGCGGAGCCGCGCAUGCAGACCAAGCCCGUAGUAUUCUAUCUGUUUCUUCUGUGGAGUACCGUCGAAGUCGUCAGGUACCCAUAUUACAUAUCCCUACUUUACAAAAAGGAGAUCUACAUUCUAACAUGGCUCCGAUACACUAUGUGGAUACCUCUGUACCCACUAGGCGUUUUGUGCGAGUCCAUAGUGAUACUCCGUAACAUACCAUACUUUGAGGAAACCCAAAAAUUCACCAUUUCCAUGCCAAAUGAAUGGAAUUUCGCAUUCCAUAUGCCAUCUUUCAUGAGGAUUUAUUUAUUAGCAUUAACUUUCCCUGGCUUGUACUUUGUCAUGAGCCAUAUGCAUAAACUCAGAACUGUUAAGUUGAAACCUAAGAUUGUUAUUAAGAAAUGUAAAUAAGUUAAGUGAUUAGUUAAGGAUUUCUUUCAGUCUGUGACUAGAAUUUAUUAUAAUUUAUGAAUACUUUUUUUAUUAAACUAAAAAUUUGCUUUUGGUCCAUAUUGACUUUAAGGUCAGUUGGCCGAAUUCAGCCACAGACUUAACAUGAAUCGAACUGUUAAACAUCGGUUGGUCCUAAAGCAAUUUAUGAACGAAUCCAGAAUUUACGUAAAGCCUUGUUUUAUAUUUAUUUAUUAUAUAUGAAAAAUAUUACAAAUAAAAAUAACUGUGCCCUUAAAAAUUAUCACGGUAUUAAUUUUAAUCACAAUUAUUAUUGGCUAUAAGGUUGGAAUUUUGUAAAAAAAUAAACAUUAAAAAAAAAAAGAUUAAUAAGUAUCCAAAGAUAUUCAUAAUGUUACACAUGUUUAAAUAUCACUAUGAAUAAGUUACGUCACUACACUAUUAAAAACUCAUAUUUUGUGCAAUUAAUGGUUGUUAUAAUAUUUUGAAUAGCAUAUGUAGGUAUAAUAAACAUCUUGCAUUUAAUAUAAGUUAAUUAACUCCUGUUCCUGUUUCUUUGUGAUGAUUAAUUAUGUAAAUCAUCUUUAUUUAGGUUCUGCAGAAUUAUUUACAUUUGUUGUAAUUAUGUUUAUAUUUUUAUAAAAUAUGGUGGAAAAUAAACGAUUUUUCUAAAACUGA